AUGAGGCCCAUGCGCGACCUCGUUCGACUCGCCAAGGCAGGCGACCUCCGCCAAGUGAGAGAGAUGCUGGCUCGUGCAAAUCCACGUGAGGUAGCAACCCUCGGCACAGAAGCCUUGCACGCGGCAUGUUCAGAGGGGCAUCAGGAGAUCGUAAAAAUGCUAUGCGCAGCCAAGACGAAGCUGAAUGCCAAAGAUCAAAAUGGCUUGACUCCUCUGCACGUAGCAGCCUUUCGAGGCGAUGAUGCCGUGGUGCAGAUCCUCUGCAAGGCCAAAGCAGAUGUGCAUGCAGUGGAUGAAGAGGGCUGGACUCCACUUUAUGUCGUUGCAUCGUUCAGUGGUCAGGUCGACGUGGCACGAAGCCUUUUGCGUGCGAAGUCAGAUGUCAAGUUCAAGACCGCCAACGGCACGAGUGUGGUUGCAGCCGCACAGCAGAAAGGCUUCGGCGAUCUGCUACAGCUGCUGAAGUCCGAGUCAAAAGCUUCAUGA